AUGGACUCGUUUAAUAUCAUUCCAAGCUCUUCAAUAGCACAGACAUUGUUUGUUGCCAGUUCAUUAAUACUGCCUAUAGUUCUUAUUUUUAUUCUCUCGCGUGUAAUCGGCAAUCGAUCUGCUUCUAAGUCGUCACUGCCUCUGCCAGCUAACGAUGAAAUUGUACGCCUGCGAGUAUACCCCAUUAAGUCAUGCCGGGGCUUUGAUGUAAAAUCAACAAAGCUCCUGCGGACAGGUCUAGACUUGGACCGUAACUGGAUGUUUGUCACGGCUGAAAAGCGCCAAUUUAUCACCAUCAGGACAAACUCCAACAUGACUCUUAUUACAACGGCUUGGGAUGCUGAUACGGAUAUGCUUACUAUCGCUCUCAAGGAGCACUCAUUCGAAAUACCAGCUCACCCCACGACUCAAUGGCUCGAGAAGAAUGCUGAGUUGAUUAAAGCAGAGAUUUGGAGCGAGAAGACCGACGCUUGGGAAUACUCAGCCACCCUCACAAAGCCUAUCUCAGUGUUCUUGAACAUGGAUGUCCGCCUGGUAUACAAAGGUCCUACACCCCGAGUUCUGCGUGGUAACGGAACCCCUCAGCGUCUGGGUCGUACCGAAGCCACCAAAUUCGCUGAUAUGAUGCCUGUGCUGGUUGCUUCCAUGGCAAGCAUGAACGAGUUGAACGAACGUCUCGCUAAUGCCGGAGAGGACAAGAUCGAGAUUGAGCGCUUCCGACCAAACAUCAUCAUUCGUGGAAGUGUACCGUGGGUCGAAGACGGAUGGAAGACUCUGCAAAUUGGAGAAGGUGAACAUCGCCUUGAUCUCGACGUUGUAUGCCGCUGCCUGCGAUGCCAGGUGCCCAAUGUUCACCCUCUCACGGCCGAGAAGCACCCACGCCAGCCUUGGAACCAGUUGAUGAAGUAUCGAAGAAUCGACGCUGGACUCAAGUUCAAGCCAAGCUUUGGAAUGCUUUGCGCACCAAGUGUUGAGGGACAUCUUGAGGUUGGAAUGAAGUUUCAAGUCAAGGGCAUGACGAACGACCACUUCUUCAUUAGCCCGAUGAAUUAA